CAACGUUGAAUCUUAUGAGCAAAGCGUACGAUGUAUACUUAACGCUGCUUUUAGUCAGUUUGAAGAUCAAUUUAGAAAUUUUAUGUGAAGCCACACAAACCAUCAGGGGAAGAACAUUACAAAAACUGAACUUACCUAAAGAUUACGAAGCUUUCCACGAUGAAGACGUCCCUGAACUGGAGCAGGCAUUGUUCAAUGAGGUCAGGAGGUGCAAUCUAUGUAUGGAAUUUUUAUUGAGAAUUCAUGAAGAUAUGAAGCAUAUAUUUUCUAUGACUACAUUGCUGCAAACAGCUGCAACUCUAUUCAUGGUAGCUUCUAACAUAAUAAUAGUGUCCACGUUGUCUACCGCUCAGCCGGAAUUCUGGUGUAUAGUGCACUGGGUUAUAGCUUGUAUCAUCGAACUUCACAUGAUUUGCCAUUUUGGAAGCGGAGUUACUGAAAUGUGCUUUUAUUUUAGACGUACCACCUACGAGUGUGAGUGGUACAGUUGCAGCAAGAGGUUCAAGACGUGCAUGUUAAUGAUGAUGAUCCGUAUGGAUAGGCCAAUGUAUCUGACUGCUGGAGAUUUUUUGCCUUUGACUCAUAAUACUACUAUUAGCGUUGUCAGGGCAGCGUAUUCCUAUGCAGCAAUGUUUAGAAAUGUGGGAUGAAGGCUGGUGCCA